AUGAACAAGAUGUUCCUCCGCCAGAUUCUCAUCCGAAUCGUCAUCGCCGCCGCGUUGUUGAAGAUCUUCAGUAUCUUCAGGCGCCAACAUGCCUUCCAAGCCUACAUCGAGCGCCGCAAGAUCACCUUCGACGACUUCCCUGAGUCCUACGCUAAGGCUCUGAACGGUUCCGUAGCGCGCAACGAGCAACCUCUGGAGUCCGACUAUACAUCUACCUACACCGGAUCUAAGAUCCCGCGCACGAUACAUUACAUAUGGUUUGAGAGAAUCUACCCCAACCAUGAAGGCUCUAGUGGAGGCCCCUCUAUUGGAUUCGGGUCGCCGAAACUCUGUCGAGAGCACAACCCCAGCUACGAAAUCCGCAUGUGGAAUGCAACGAGCGCUCGCGAGUUCCUGUCCAACGAGUACGCCUGGUUCCUACCGACAUACGAUGGUUACCGAUACCCUGUCAGUACUCUCCCUAUACAAAAGGUUGAUGCCUUGAAGUACUUCGCCCUCUACCACUUCGGCGGCGUAUACAUGGACCUAGACGUCGCAUGCCGACGCUCACUAGACCCCUUACUGGACUUCCCAGCCUGGUUCCCAGAAGCAUCGCCACUGGGCGUCAACAACGACUUGAUGGCAUCAGCGGCGAAGCACCCGGUCGUGAAGAAGAUGACAGAAGGCCUUGUUACACACAACUGGAAUCUACUUUUCCCGUACCUUACAAUCUUCUGGACAACUGGACCGCAAUUUACGAGCACAAUCUUGCAGGAAUGGUUUGAAGCAUGUCCUGAUGGGCAAUGUAAACAGUGGAAGGCACGGAAUGACCUUGGUAAGUCAGCCACUUUCGUCUUGUGA